GUGCGAUUCCUGGAGCAGCAGAACCGAGUCCUGGAGACCAAGUGGAAGCUGCUGCAGGAGCAGGGGGGGUCUGGCCCGGGGGGCAGGAGCCUGGAGCUCAUCUUUGAGGCCUACGUCAGCUCGCUCCGCAGGCAGCUCGACUCCCUCUCCGCGGAGAAGCUCCAGCUGCAGRCMGAGCUCAAGAGCUCCCAGGACRCRGUCGAGGAGUUCAAGACCAAUGGAUCGCUGGGGGGGAAUUCCAUGAUGCGUGUGCGGAGCUGGAGCCUUGGAAAGGUCCUGGAGCCACCGGGAUUCCUCUUCCUGGGCUUUCCCGGGGAUCCCGGAGCCRGGACGAGCAUCGCGGACGCGGAGCAGCGCGGGGAGGGGGCCCUCAAGGACGCCCGGGCCAAGCUGGCCGAGCUGGAGAGCGCCCUGCAGAAGGCCAAGGCCGACCUGGCCCGGCAGCUCCGGGAGCACCAGGAGCUCAUGAACGUCAAGCUGGCCCUGGACGUGGAGAUCGCGACCUACAGGAAGCUGCUGGAGGGGGAGGAGAGCAGGAUGUCUGGGGAAUGCCAGAGCUCCGUCAGCAUCUCCGUGGUGGGCGGCAGCAGCUCCGUGGGAGGCGGAUACGGCGGCGGGAUGUGCCUCGGAGGAGGAGGAGGACUCGGAUUCGGGAGCGGCAAAGGCGGAGCCGGGCUCUGCUUCAGCCUGGGAGGGGGAGGAUUCGACUCCGCGGGGUCCGGGUUCGGCUCCGUGGGCAGCGGGUCCAGCUCGGUGGUGGUGGGGUCCGGCACCCUCCUGAAGAACAGCGGCUCCCCCGGCCGGAGGGUGUAG